CUUCAGCAGAUGACUUCUCAAUACAAGCGUGCGGCACCCGCGGAAGACGACAGCUUCGAUGACGGGUUUACCUUCAAGAAAUCAAGAAAUUCGGAUAUCAAGAAUGAUCUUAAUAAUAAGUCUCCCUAUGCACUUUCGCCUCAACCUAUGCACCUUGUUAACCACGAAAGAGAACAGGAAAACGAUACCCCUUCCAAACGAUCAUUGUGGAAGCAAGAAUCCCCUUUACAAAGACGUACGCAUGAGAACAGUCACCUGAAAGAGAUUUUCAAUACCACUCCGUUGGCUAUUCAAUUUGACGAUGAGGAUAUUCACAUCAAGAAAAGCAGCUGGAAUCCAGGGAGACGAUCUAGUUUUAUGUCUCGCUCCAAACAGGAAUCAUCUGUCUCUCGCACGUCUGUUGCAUUCCCACAUCCACACUUGGAAGCUAAGAACUUUUACAAGCAUAUUAUGCCGGAUUUACCUGAUCCUGUGCGAAUGAGGCAACUGUUAGCUUGGUGUGGCCACACGAUAAUGUCGCAAAAGGCGUCAAAAGCGGAUAACAAGAUGUCAGUUGCGGAGUCUGCAGCAUACUCGAUACAAAAGGCAAUACUUAAGCAGCUGCAGGACGGCAAAAUCAAUACCUCCUGGUACACACGCGCACCCACGAAUAAUCCUUUGGGAUAUAAGCGAAAAACCAACCCGAGAAAUCAGCGUAAUUUCAAGUUGGUUGAAAAGUAUGAGCGCACAACUGCGAUCAUGGAGAGAGAGGACAAAGCUUGGAAAAGUAUGGCGGUGAAGCUCAACAAUUUUCACGCCGGUGUUUUAGAUUCAUGCCCACCAUUACCCAAACCUCUGGAAAAAGAUGAGCACGCAGAUAAUGAUUUAAAGACUCGAUUUCAGCAAUAUUAUCUUGAUGGCAUCUCACAAGAGCAACUACAAUUCCUCAACAAAUAUUGCACCCCGUCAUCCACUGAUGAUGUUGAUGCAAAGUUAGUACGCACGGUCAACUCGUUGCAGGCCAAGGUAUGAAUUAUUAAUUGCAUUGAGCAUCGAUGGGGUUGCAAGUGACUAACAUGCGCACUAACGCUUUUGAAGGUUGACCUACUACAAGAGAGCCUAACCGCUAAACUUCACGACCAGCGCAGAGCUGAAGGGUUUGGUAAACAAGUUUUGGAAAAGGUGACCUCGUUACUUGACAGGCGAGAGGGCAUUCAAAGAGAUAUCUCAGAUCCAUCCACCAUACCAGAUCCUAUUGAAGUGUUGCGAGUACUGGCCAAUGAGGACGACGUAUGAUGGAAUUAUCAUAUGAAAGUUUUGUACUUUAAGAAAUUUGUAUAUAGUGCGUAAAUUAACCUUUGAUUAUAAUACACUCAUGAAUUUGAUUUGCAA